UACAGAAAGAAAUAUAUAACUGAAUUUCCUGUUAAUCUUUUUUCUCUUUCUUUUCAAUGUCUGAUCAUAUAUCUAUUUCACUUUGAGUGCAGAAAGCAAUAUGGUGCAGUUACGAAGAGUAGUACAGAUCCAGUAUCCUAAGAUAUUAUUCAAAACCUCUCAGGCUGUUCGUAGUCCAAUCUUGCUACAAACCGUCACAAGUCACAAGCAAUGCUUAUGAAUGCUUAGUUGAUACGGUUCUGUGAUUGGCUCAUAAUGUUUUCAAACCAUACUUAAUGAUCUUAAAUAUGAGAAUUGGCUAUGAAUAUCGGUCUCAGGUCUCAGGUAGCCACUGAUGGCUGCUAUCUGCUAGUCCUCUUUCCAGUAUUGCAAGGUUAAAUAAGGAGUAUUCAUUUCUCGUAAUCGCCGAUUUGAUAAGAAACUGUUUAGUCACAAAUUAUUUAGACAAAAGCAUAUUCCAGAAGAUCAAAAUGGCACCAAUAAGAUUUGCAAUUUUAACUGUAAGUGACACCUGUGCCAGUGGUGAGAAAAUAGAUGAAAGUGGGCCUGAAUUAAGAGCAUUUAUCAGCAGUACAGAGUCAGCAGAAAAUGCAAUAUUUCAAGGAGAAGUUUCUUGCAAGGCCAUUGUGAAAGACGAUGAAACGUCAAUAAUGGAAUAUCUAAUCAAUUGGAGUGAUCAUAAUAAGGCUGAUGUUAUUCUUACCACUGGUGGCACUGGAUUUUCUGAUAAAGAUGUCACACCCGAGGCGACCAAGAAAGUUAUUGAAAAAGAAGCACCUGGAUUAUCCGUAGCAAUGCUCGAGGCGAGUCUAAAAGUAACUCCAUUGGCGGUGCUUUCUCGAGCUAUAUGCGGAAUACGAAAAAAGACCUUGAUUAUCAAUUUGCCUGGGUCACGUAAGGCCGCAAUGGAAUGCUUUACUGUAAUCGCGCCUGCUAUUCCGCAUGCUGUAGAUUUGAUCUUGGACAAUAAAGACAAAAUUAAAGAUACACAUAAUGCUGUGCAACGUAAUGUUACAUGUUGUUUGCACGAUGUUUCUUGUAUGAAGCUUCUUGAAACAAAUAUCGACAAUGUGGCAAUACGCCUUAGAGAAUCCCCAUUUCCUAUGAUUUCUGUGGAGGAAGCGGUAAGAAUAAUACGUACGAGUGUAGAGGGAAAAAGAUCUAUGGAGACGAUUGAAGUGAAAGAUGCUUACGGCAGGAUAAUAUCUGACGACGUAUAUUCUAAUUGCGAUUUGCCACCAUUCAGAGCUUCCAUAAAAGACGGGUAUGCAGUGUUAGCAAGCGAUGGAAAGGGUAAAAGAAAGGUGCUGCGUAAUGUGAUAGCAGGAACUGCGCCUACUUUUAUACCUAUUAAACGUGGCACUUGCGUACGCGUGAACACUGGAGCACCUGUUCCUGAUGAAGCAACAGCGGUUGUCCAAGUUGAGGAUACAAAGUUAGUAUCCAAAAGCGUUGAUAACAAGGAGGAAAUAGAAAUUGAGAUACUAACUGAACCAAAAGAAGGACAAGAUAUUAGACCUAUUGGUUCUGACAUAAAAAAUGGAAGCUUAGUAUUAAAUUCAUACACAAAUAUUGGUCCGGCGGAAAUGGGACUCUUGGUAGCUUGCGGCUGUAGAAUCGUUACAGUUACUAAACAUCCAAUCAUAGGUAUAUUGUCAACUGGAGAUGAGUUACAAGAAGCUGGAGAGCCUUUAAGAUCAGGACAGAUCUACGAUAGCAACAGAGUGACUUUAAUCACACUAUUAAAACAGAAUGGCUUCAAUGCUUUGGAUUUCGGAAUUGCGGUUGAUAAUACGGAGAAGAUGAUAGACAAAAUCAAAAAAGCUUUAGAAGAGGUAGAUGUACUCGUGACAACAGGCUCUGUAUCGAUGGGUGAAAGAGAUUUAUUAAAACCGAUUUUGGAGAUAUAUUUUAAAGCCACCAUACACUUUGGACGCGUAAAUAUGAAACCGGGAAAGCCAACGACAUUUGCAACGUGUACGUUCUUGGGUAAAAAAAAAUAUUUUCUGUGCUUACCAGGAAAUCCGGUAUCUGCUACUGUUACUGCACAUUUAUUCCUGUUACCGCUUGUGAAUGAAAUGCGCGACGACUUAUCGGAGCCAGUCAUAGUGCAUGCUACGCUAACGUCGUCGUACAAUUUGGAUGCACGUCCCGAAUAUGCAAGAGCGAUCUUGAAAUGGUACAACAAAGAAGCGCUUCCAGUGGCUUAUAGCACAGGAAAUCAAAUUAGUAGCAAAUUAUUGAGCUGUAAAAAUGCUAAUGCGUUCUUAAUUUUGCCGGGACGAACAGUGGAGAAACAGGUGUUGAAUAAGGGAGAUGUUGUGCCAGCAAUGCUCAUUGGUUUUAAAUAAUCUUUAUUAUCAAAAUAUCACCAAGUUCUGAUUAAAAAUAUACGUUUUAUGUACUUUUUUGGCAAUUUUAUUAAAAAAUUAUAUUUGAAUA